AGAUUUGACGUUUCUAAAAGCAGUUUUCAUAAAAGCAUCAAACGAACUGGAUCUGCUCUGUGUAAAAUUAUGCCCGACAUAAUAAAAUGGCCAAGCAAUGCAAUCCAAGUUAAUAAAACAUGCAGGUUAUUUGCUGAGCGCUCACAGUUUCAAAACAUACUGGGAGCAAUUGAUGGGAGUCACAUCCAUAUAACUGCUCCUAAACAUCUUCACCAGGCAUAUUUCAACCGAAAAGGGUUUUAUUCUAUUGUUCUCUUGGCAUCCUGUGAUGCCACUCUAGCAUUUAAUUAUGUCUGGACAGGUAAUCCAGGGAGCACACAUGAUUCUACCGUGCUGCGACAAUCUGAUUUGUUUGCCCAAAGUAAUGAGAGAAUACCACCUGGAUUUUGCCUUUUAGGUGAUUCAGGUUUUCCUUUAUUAGGAUGGCUGGUGACUCCUUUUAGAGACCAUGGAAAUUUGACUAGACAGCAAAAGCUAUUCAACAAAACGCACAGCAGAUGUCGAGAAGUUAUUGAAAGGGCUUUUGGUAUGCUGAAAAACAGAUUCCGGAGGCUUUACAGGUUUGAGAUGUUAGAUUUGACACUUCUUGUGAAUAAUGUGCUUGCAGCUUGUGUUCUCCACAAUAUAUGCAUCUCUGAAGAUGAUGGUGAUCUACCAAUUGAGCCGCAGCAACCAAAUGCAGCAGAGAACUUUGAUGACACAUUUGCUAGAGAUGGACAUGAACUUCAAGGAGUACAAUUGAGACAACAACUUAUGCAACAGCUACUAAACAUCUAAUAAAUGAAUUCAAAGAACACAGUAGUAUUUUUUUUUCUUUUGUUUUGUAUUUAAGAAAAAUCAUAAUCGAUUCCUUUCGUUGAUAAAAUAAACAACAAAUAAACAAGAUAACAAUAACAAAAAAAAAAGAAAAAAUGCACCAC